AUGUUUCAGGCUAUUUUUGUCCUGUUUGCUUUCUGCUUGUUGAGUAUCACACAAGCUCUUCCCUUGCAAAAAGGAUUCGAAGGAAUUAGUCUACGACGGGAAAGGAGAGCUUUGAGGCCGUUCCAAGUGUGCAAUCAAACCGCAAUUCCAUCCGGACAUACAUCUGUUUCAGACGUGUCUCUUUGGUACAAAAAUGGCUGGUUCUUAGCUGUUUACAAAGAUGGUAAUAUAAACGGGACUUCAGAUGCGCGCAGCCGCGACAGUAAGUACAGAUACAGACCUUUGUAUUAGCGAUAAUUGAAUAUUGCUUUGUCAGUAGUUUUGUAUGUCUCUCUUUCGAGUUGCAUAACAAUAUUCCAAAGUUAGUGAGAUAUUUAUGAUUCAAGUAUGUCUUUUGUGAAUGUUAAUACGCUGUGGCUGGACAAUUAGCCUCCAAAGAUAAUCGAAAAGCAAUACAGUCCAAAGACCCGUGCCGAAAUGUUUUCAAUUUUACUUAAAUUAGUUUCAUUUUUCUUCCUAGCUAGCUCUCCAACGAAAGAAAACCAGCUGAAUUGUUUAUUUGCUACUUAACACGCCCAUUACUUAUUUUUGCAGUUGAGCUUCAACUUCAGUCUGUUGGAAGCAGCUUGGUUCGGAUCUUUAGCAAGCAAACUUGUCUGUAUGUCGCUAUGCAGUCAUCGGGAAAAGUUUACACAAUGGUGAGUUAACACGACUAUUUACGAUUCAUUUGUCUCACUUGGGAAAAAGGAUAAACUGUGUCACAUUGAAAUAAGUUACACGCUUACAACUGGACACUUUCCUUCGGCCGUCAAGUGAUUUUCUGGCAAAAUUUUAUAAGAAAUUAAGGUGUUCUUUUGCUGGAUUCGGCAGUUACCGGGCACUUGAAAUCAGACUUAGGGGAUAGUGUUUUAAGUGGCAACAAUGCUUAAGUGAAAAAGUCGAUUGUUUUGAAGGAGUGACUAAAUUAGCCCAGUCCAAGGUCUCUCUGUUAUUGCCACCUCUAAUAUGUGGAAGCAUUUCUAAUGAUGUGUGAUCAUACACCACUUUGUUACAAGAAUAUUAAAUCGAAUGUUCACCGACAAAGCGAAGAAUAUGGCUUCUUUAUGUCCAUGCUUUUCAAAUGCAUCUUCAUAAAAACUUUCAGUAAGCUAUAUCUUUCCUAGUUGUCUCGGUCUACUGGAUUUGUGCAUUUCGCGGCCAAAGAUUUUUGAUCGUCCUGUGAUUUAUUGUAUUCAGCAAUUCGUGUGUAUGUGACGGUAUUCUUUCUCGGGCGAAUAUUUGCUUUGGAGAUUUGACAGUUCCCACGUUUAAUAUUCUCCUGCGGUCAUCAAAAGAACAAUCGAUCUGGCUUGAUUGAAAUAAGUGUUCAGUGCAGCGAGACCUAAAAUUAAUGAAAACUCGUGUCAAAACAAAAUUAAUAGACUUUGCGCAAUUUUCACCAAGCCGCAUUACAAAUUACUGCUUAAAAUCUAAGUUAUAUUAACACACAGCAAUUCCUUUAAGUGAACUUCGAAGUGAAGGCUCAAGAGUUAUUUGGUUGCUGUUUACCAAUAUCUUCAUUCCUAAUAAAGUGUUGUUUGUUUAUAUCUACAGAAGGAACCCACAAGGGAAACGGUAUUUCGACAAACGCAUGAAGCAAAUGGCUUCCAAACGUUUGCCUCUCACCAUCACUUCCAUGCGAAUGAUAAGACAAGAAAAUACCUGUUUUUGUCCAUGAGAAAGAACGGUCAUAUGAAAAAUGGCAAAAAGACUACGAGACACAACAAGACUACGCUUAUUUCAGUGAUUGAAAGCAGGGAAAUAAGCUAA